AUGUUUCUAUUCUAUUUAUCAAUUAUUCAUUUAAGUUUAAGUCAAGAUUCUCAUUUUCCAUAUAUGUAUUCUGAUUGCACACAUUUAAUAUUACCACCUCGUUGUCAAUGUUAUCAUUCAGGUAAUGAGUCUCAAUUGCAUUGUUAUAAUAUACAAUUAGAUUUUAUACCAAAAUUACCAAAUAAUAUGCGUUGGCAUACAUUAGAUUUUUCAUUAAAUCAUAUUAAAACAAUACCUAGUUAUGUAUUUUCUGAUAUAUACGUGGAAAAAAUUGAUUUACAUACGAAUCAUUUACAAACAAUUGAUGAAACAGCAUUUGGUGAAAUUCAAAAUUUAAAACAAUUAUUUAUGAAUCAUAAUCAAUUAAAAGAAUUUAAUCCGAAUAUAUUAACUUCUCCAGGUGUUACUUUAGUGAUAUAUAAAAAAGGUUAUCAAGCAAUAGAUACAUCAAUCAUUUCAUCAGUUACAUCAAGAGUUAAAGGUCUUGGUUCUAUUCAAACAGAUGAUAAUCAUACAUUAGUUAUUGAUGGUGCAGAUUAUAUCGCACCACCACAAGAAAAUAAUGCUUUAUUUUUAAUGACGAAUUUUAUUCGAACUGAUCAAAAAUAUACACGAUGUGAAGAAUCUCCUUUUGAUCAAAAAACAGCUUGUCCAGAUAACGCUUAUUGUCAGACUAAAAAUUAUCGAAGAGCUAAUGGAAAAUGGACUGGUCGUUGUUUAUUUAGAAAUGAUAGUUCAGCAAAUAGAUCAAGAUCACCAUUAGGUCGAUGUGAACUUGAAGGUUGGUGUCCGGUUGAAAAUGAUGUUUAUCUUCCUGAGCCAAUUCGUGAUGCAUUAAAUUUUACAAUAUAUGUGAAAAAUUUUAUUGAAUUUCCACGUUUUAAAGUUAUUAGAAAAAAUUUUCAACUUGAUGCCAAUUAUCUAAGAAGUUGUAAUUAUGAUAGUGUUACUCAUAAAACAUGUCCUGUAUUUCGUGUUGGAACAUUACUUGAUAUUGUUGAAAGUAAUCCAACUGAACAACAUUAUAUGUUAAAACUUGGUGCUGUUAUACGUGUUAAAAUUGAUUGGAAUUGUAAUCUAGAUAAAUCUUUAGAUUUUUGUUUACCAGAAUAUUCAUUUACACGUUUGGAUGCAGCAGAUAAAGAACAAUCGUUUGCACAUGGAUUUAAUUUUAGAUUUGCAUCACAUUGGAAACAUCAAAAUCGAUCUUAUCGUACAUUAACGAAAGCAUAUGGUCUUCGUUUUAUUAUUUCUGUUAGUGGUUAUGCUGGUAGAUUUGAUCUAAUGACAUUAGCAUUAAAUAUUGGUUCAUUAGUUGGUAUUCUUGGUUUAGUAAAAUUUAUAUGUGACUGUGUUGCAUUCUAUGUUCAUCCUCAAUAA